GAGUUUUACAUCAAAGCUUCUUCUCUCUCUAGUCUCCUACUACCUACUUCUUCACUCUCUCUCUCUCUCUCUCAUCAUUUUCACUACCAUAAAAGCUUCAACAUCUCAUCACUCUACUCUCCUCCAAGAAAAUGCAAUUCUCAAGAAACUCAAUCCUUAGGCAACUAAGCAGAAAAGAAGGUUGGAGGUCGGCUUCAAGAAGGUGGACAUCCGGAGAUAGCUCAACAGCCUUCAACGAGGACACAAGCGGUGGUGAUUGUGGUGGUUACUCAUCAAUGGAGGGUCUUUAUGGGGUUUACUCUGGUGGAGACACGGCUGCAAGAACUAAGAGAGUGAUGGUUGUGGUUGAUGAGACUUCAAGGUCUAAGCAUGCUAUGAUGUGGGCUUUAACUCAUUUGACUAAUAAAGGAGAUUUGAUGACUCUUCUUCAUGUUGUCUCUCCUCAUGAUGAAGCUACUCCUUCUUUGGCUCAGUCUCUUGGUUCUCUUUGCAAAGCUUGUAAACCUGAGGUGGAUGUGGAAGCAUUAGUGAUUCAAGGACCAAAGCUAGCAACAGUGUUAAGCCAAGUGAAGAAGCUUGAAGUCUCUGUUCUUGUGUUGGGUCAGAAACAAUCUGCACCACUCAUAUCUUGCUUAUGUGGACCUAGUAGAUCAGAAGAGCUCGUGAAUCGUUGCAUCAACGGUGCAGAUUGUUUAACGAUUGGUGUGAGGAAACAAUGCAAAGGUGUUGGUGGGUACUUGAUCAACACAAGAUGGCAGAAAAAUUUCUGGCUCUUAGCCUAAUUUUAAUCACAAAGUUCUAAUUAGAUAUUAAGAAGAUUUGUGUGUUUAUUGUAGUUUAAUUUAAAUAAACUUUGUUAUGUAGUAAUCUCUUCUUUGUUGUCUUUAUGUUGUUAACAUAACUUUUGUCUUUAUAUGUCUUGUAAGAAACUAAAGUUGUAUCUUUGUACCUCACCCACUAGGCCAUUUACAUUGGUUCCACCGUGUUGACAUUAGUCUCCAAA